GGACGGGAUGUCUAAGGCUUAAAAAAUGAAGUGGGCCGUCGUACAAUGGCCGUCGGCCCGUCCACUGCACCCGCAGCCGCAGUUAAACAUGAAAUAAGGAACCCACCGGCAUAGUGGUGGUUACUCUCCACCCCUUUCUCUCUCACACACUUGCCAAUCAUCAUUCAGCUUUUCAGCACUUUUUGUCACACACAAAACACAAAUCACAAACAUAGGGUUUUUUUAGGAUCUCUUUUUCACUAAAACAAUCAGAAAAACAUCGAUAAAAAUGCCCUAAAAUGGUGUCUGAGUUCUUCUGCUACUACUAUUAGAUAUCAUACCAACAAACGCCCUAAAAAGGUUUGUAAAUAAAUGACAAGGGAGGAUCUGGAUUGCUAUAUUAUUCACUUGUGCUGUACAAGUUGCAACGAAUCGCUUCAGAUCACACUUGGUCCAAUCAACACCUUUAGACAUUGAAUUCAUUUUUAGUACUCAUAGCAACACCUAGUAGCUCAACACUGGAAAAAGUAUUGUAGUUUAGCUGGAAACAUGUGAUGGGUCGAGAAGUUGCUAAGCUUUCUGAUUAAAAGACACAGUUGACGUUUGGAGAUGUUGAAGAGCUGUUUAAUCUGAAGAACUUGACUGAUAGCUCAUUUGUUGCUAUUUAUGUUUGCUUAUCUUUUGCUCGAGAACGUUUUUGCAGUAUUCAUGUUGCCGGAGGGGUAGUUAAGCUAUGGAUUGCAUCAAGGCUGCCACUCUUCUGAAGGGAUCUUUGUGGUUUCAGCUGUUUGUGUUGACUGUCUGUUCAUCCAAUUUGUUAUAUGUAAUGUCAGAGGAGAAGCUACCUCCCAGUCCCCCCACGUCUACGUCUCAACUAGUUAGCCUUCCUAGCUCUGGAAUCUUUGAGCCUAUAGAAAUAUCACCUUCAGUUUUACCACAUUACCCCUUUCUGGGGAAAACUUUGCCACCAAUGUACCCUGCCUUCCCAAAGACAUACAAACCUGUGUUAACGGGCAAAUGCCCCUUUAAUUUCUCUUCCAUUUCAAAUAUCAUAGAGAAAACCGCAUCCGAUUGUUCUCAACUUUUAGCACCACUGGUAGCAAACGUGAUAUGUUGCCCACAAUUUGGUAGCUCACUCCACAUAUUUCAAGGGCAUUUCACUAAAAGUUUGGAUGUUUUAGUCCUAGAAAAUAGCACCGCUGAUGAUUGUUUCUCGGAUAUUGUGGAGGUUUUGGGUAGCAGAGGUGCAAACAGCUCUGUUUGUUCUUUCCAAUCAUCAAAUCUAACGGGUGGUUCGUGUCCUGUGAAGGAUGUAAAUACGUUUGAGAGGACAGUAAACACGAGCAAAUUAUUGAAUGCUUGUAGUGUGAUUGAUCAUCUUAAGGAGUGUUGCAGAUCAGUAUGUCAACCUGCAAUUGCGGAGGCUGCAUUUCAGAUAUCUUCAUUGGCAUCCGAUUCCGAUAAUAUUCAUCUAUUAAAUGACUGCAAAGGAGUUGUCUUUUCAUGGCUUUCAAGGAAACUUCCAUCCGAGGCUGCCGAUUCUGCUUUCCGAUUAUUGGCUGCGUGUAAAGUUAACAAAGUUUGCCCUUUGGAAUUCAAGCAGCCAGUUGAGGUGAUAAAAGCUUGUCGAAAUUUGGGUGCCCCCAGUCCGUUGUGCUGUAGUUCAUUAAAUUCUUACAUUGCGGGAGUACAAAGGCAAAUGUUAAUUACAAACCAACAAGCAAUAAUCUGUGCAUCCGUUUUUGGAUCAAUGCUACGCAAAGGCGGAGUACUUACUGAUGUUUAUGAGCUUUGUGAUGUUGACUUGAAAGAUUUUAGUCUACAAGCUUAUGGAGAAGAAGCAGGGUGUCUACUUAGAAGCAUGCCUGCAGACGUGGUGUAUGACAACUCAAGCGGGUUCAGCUUUACAUGUGACUUGAGCGACAAUAUUGCUGCUCCAUGGCCUUCUUCGUCAUCUAUGGCCUCCUUCUCUCUUUGUGCUCCUGAGAUGUCAUUGCCUGCACUACCAACAUCACAGACGGAAUAUCCUGGCUGCAAUGGGUUUCUUUUGGAUGUGCUCAUAUUCAUGUAUGUGCUUUUUGUACUUCCUUUGAACGAUUAGAUGUAGGUGAGGUGAGAGAGUUUGACUGGUGGCAAAGUAGAUGUAUAUUUUGAGAAUGAUUUUCAAUGUAUAGUGUGUUCAUUUAUUAUUGGUUUUGUUCUAGUGAAUCAUAUAUGUGGUUGGUAUAUAUAGAUCAUCUUUUUGAGUCUGGUGGCGAAAAAUGUUCAUCUCAUGAUC